AGGGCGGCUAUUUGGAACUACACAGAGCUGGAGAAUGUCAGGCAGCCGUGUGUACAGGACAAGCCGUAGCUGCGCGGAGCUCCGGGGCCGGCUGUUGCCGGUGAAGGAUGGGGCGCCGGACACAGGGGACAGUGACGGGGGCAGCGACGGCCCUGACGACUCCGAUCCUGAGUUCCUGGACGCAGAUGAAAUAGAGAGAGGAGCCAUACAAGUGAAGUCCUGGCGGGUGCCGAGCACUAGAGUAAUAAUUAAAGAGUACGUAGUGAACGGGUCUUUUCCACUUGAUGAUCCAUGGUGGACUGUCACUGUAAAAGUGAAACCGCAUAAGUCAGAGUACGUAGCCAUAGGCCUACCAUCAUAUGAACUGGAGGAUGACAGCCUCGGAGAAGCAUCCAUCCUUCCACUGUUUCUUAAGCAAUGCAAUGUGCCAGAGGAGUUCAGGAAGGAUUUCAUGGACUGGCUACCACAACACUCUACCGUUUCUUUUAGCAUAUUGAAGGAGCUGGCAAAUGACUUUAAGAUGGCAGAAGGGAAAAAUAUCCUCCCAUACCUGGAAAAUUCUAUUGCUGGAGGAUUUGCAUUUCUGUCAUUAGAAGUUCCCAUGGUGCUGAAAUAUUUACCAAAACUUUUACCUUCCAAAAUAAGAAGUUUGUUCAUGGUAGAUGCUAAUGAUCAGAAGUCCUUUAAAGAAUCUCCAUGCAGCAUCUUGUAUGACAUUGAGGAAAUGUUGGAUAGUGAUCCUUGGAAACUUGGGUUUGGCAUGAUACUUUAUCGAAAGUUGCACAUUUGUGGCUGUGAGGCAACAUGGGAAAAUUUUCUCCAGUGUGAAGAUCUCCUGGAAAGGAUCCCACCCUUGAAUAAGAAUGCAUUGAUUAUCUACAACGAGUUAAAGAAGAAAUGCAUGGAGCUAGGAGACACGUAUGUAGACCUCUCUGACCUUACUAACGCAGUUACUAAUGCGCAGCUCAUGUCAGUUGAAACUGCAUGGCAGGCCUUAGAGUUUCUGAAGGAACAUGAAAUUGUGGUGAUUGAGCAGAAGAGAAUCUUCCUGUAUAACUGGUACUGCUAUGAAGUGAGCAUUGCCGAAUACUUUCAGAAGAUAGUAACGCGUAAAACCUGGAAUCUUCACAUUGAUGCAAAUGAUAUAUUUGAAGAUAAUCUGGCAGAUGACCAGGACACUUUACACAGUGAGACUGCGGCGCAUUGCUCUGCCAAUGGUGAAGGAUCGGAUGAAUGUGCCGCUACAGAGCCGAAGUGUCCAACAGAGCUGGACGCUGAGCAAAAGAAGGCAGUGAAAAUGAUCCUGGCAAACCCAGUGACUGUUAUAAGUGGCAAGGGUGGGUGCGGGAAGACCACAGUUGUAAGUCGAGUGUUCAAGUGCAUGAUGAUGAAGGAGAAUGAUGAAGUUGAACAGGCUUGUAAAGCCCUUGAAGAAGACAUUGAUGCUUCAGAGGAAUGGUUUUGUGACACCACAGCCUCCAGCACCAACCACGACGACGCUAUACGUGUUUUGCUUACUGCACCCACAGGAAAAGCUGCUUCUCUACUAAAGAAAAAAACUGGCCUUCAUGCUGCCACCUUGCAUCAGGUGACAUGCAGUUAUUCUGCCUGGCGGAAACUAGACAAUGAUGACUUAAAAUGGAAGUUUUCCCAAGUGGAGGCAUUGGUGGUGGAUGAAGCCAGUUUGGUGUCUGUUCGUAUGUUUAGUGCAGUGCUGAAACUGUUAUAUACUCAUGGAAAACUGGCAAAACUUGUCAUACUGGGUGAUGUCCGCCAGUUGCCAAGUAUAGAGCCAGGAAACAUGCUGGCAGAUGUGUUUGCUGCCCUGAGUAGACUGAAUUGGGCGAUUGAGCUGAAGACUAACCACAGGGCAGAGUCCCAGCUCAUUGUAGACAAUGCUACAAGAAUCUCUGGUCAAUGCUGCGUGGAAUUUGAUGCAUAUGUGCACAUUGAUGGGCAUUCGAGCACAGAAAUGGCCACUAAAGAGAAUAAAUUCAUUCUGAUUUCCCUGGCUGGUGACACUGAUUUGAGCACUGCUAUAAUAACAUUACUGAAGAAUGGUCCAGGUUUAGAGGAUGAUAAACAUUCACAGUUUAUAGCAUUCAGGAGGAAUGAUUGCCUGUUGAUCAAUGAUCUUUGCUGCAGACAUUACUCAGAGCAUACAAUCAAGAAUCAGAAGUCCAGGUUUGAGUUUAGAUGUGGUGAUAAGGUUUGCUGCACUAAAAAUGCCUAUGUCAAGGAUCUUCUCUCCAGACCCAGGAACUGUAGCAAAGAAUCCAACAAGGCCUGUUCAGAUGGAAAAGUCACAAUCAGUCAGCUUCAGCGGGAAGAAGCUAGAUUACCAUUGGACACUGGUGUACCUGAAGGAGGGGACCAAGCGAAGAUGGAUGUAGACGAACAUGACAGAAUCUGUAAUGGAGAAAUAUUUUUUGUAGUUGAUGAUGUGGAAAAAGUUAAAAUUCGAGAAUUAACUUUAUCUGAUGGAGAAGAUAGAACGUACACCCUGAAUUAUAAAGCACUUCGAAGUCGCAGUGGUUUACAGCAUGCUUGGGCUCGAACGAUACAUACAUUUCAGGGUUCAGAAGAGGAUACUGUUGUAUAUGUUCUUGGCACUGCUGGCAGGCAGAAUUGGAAACACGUAUAUACUGCAGUAACAAGAGGCUGCAAGCGUGUUUAUAUAAUUGCCAGGCAAGACCAGCUCGACAGGGCAAUCUCCAAUAAAGCCCGUGAUAGAAAGACCCGAUUAACGCAGCGUCUGAAAGAUAACCUGCCACAGCCAACAGCCAUGCCUUCUGCAGAUCCACAGAGCAGUCAGGCAGCAAAAGAGCAGGGACCUGAUGUCACAUGGACUUCACAUUCAGUACCCUACACACAGCUUAAAUCGCCACCUCGCUUUUCUCGCCCACCUGCGCCUACAACCCCAGCAGCAGGUUCAUCUACCACAGGUAUUGGUGACGGGCAAGAACGUCAGCACAACAUAGUGUCUACACCAACUGACAACUUGCAAGGCUGUGUUCUGGAGGUGUCCCCUUCACAGAAGAGGACAGGAGUUCCUGGGGAUGAUUUUGAAACUCCUAAAAAGACUAAAGUGGAGAACAACAACAAGGACACGACACAAGAAUCUCCUGAUAGUCAAAAACUCCAGCUCCUGAGUCUCCAGAGUCCCUGUCACAAGAAGCUGUUCAGCCCCUAAAUCUGAAAAACAUGGAAGCUCGGACCAGUAACUAGCACUGAGUAGAGCAGCGACAGCAGGCAGCAUCUGGUUUAAGGCAGGAAACGCACAUGCAUUUUUUUUUUUAGGCCAAGUCGUUCCUUUAUAUUUCCAUUUCUAUUAAAUCCACUCCGGUGUUUGGCUUGAAAAACUGUAUGUGGGAUUCCCCAUCCUGUCAGGACUAUAGUAGAGUUUCCUCUAUUACUUUUUUGCACUUCUGUUUAUGCAACUAUUCUUGAUGUUUGUUUUAACAGAUUUUUUUUUUUUUAUAGAAAAUAAGAAAUCUGGUCUUAAAUGGAAUCUGUAUCCAGUUUUAUGGUGUCCUGAGUAAGGGUAACAUUUUCUAGUGACAGUUCUCCAUGUUCCCCAGUGUUGGGUCACUUUCUUAAAUUGAUGAAGCCCAAAUCUUAUAUUAAACAGCUCCAGCGCAUGCCACUGAGUCCCCAUAUUCAUUGGCUCAUGGCUGUCCCCGCCCACCUGCUGCUGAUUCAUAUGGAAAAAACUGUCAACCAGAGGCAGGU